CUCCUUCGUUAUUCGGCCUCGACAGUCGGCAUUCGCCACGCAUUUGUCAGGCUCGUCCUCCGCGAUAACCUUCGCGAGAACUCGCCAAAUCUGAGAAGAAAUCGCGACGAACCGUUAAUAACCGACGCAGGAUAGAUAGAUUCAAAGGCGCCCUCGGGUCAUCCGUAUGAAUGCAACGGACUUACGUUUAAAAGCAUGGACUCCUGCAGUACCGUGCAAGAUACCGGACAACAUCGUGUCCUCGAGUUAUACGACAACAAGAGCGUUCGUGCCAUCCUACGAAAAAGAGAAAGAAUCUCGCAUAGAACAACUACUAUCGAAUGAAUAUCAACGAAUUUGGUGGCAGGAAAAACUAGCUUGGGAUAAGACUGUGACUGCCAAAAAAAUGACAAGCAAAAAAAUAUUGCCCCGUAAGAUGAUUAAGAGAAAAAUACCGACAUGUGUGACUGUUAAAUAUUCAACAAAAGAAGAGCGAUUAAAAAAGAAAAAGAGAGAAGAGUUUAAGAAAAAGUCUAACGAGAAUCUUAAAACUGAAGAGGCGAUAUUUGCAAAAUAUAGUGAUACAAAAUUUAAAAAAUGCGAAGAGACGAAAUCCGAGAAGCAGGAGGAAACAAAGUCAAAGAAUCUCAAAGAAACAAACUCAGAGAAACUUGAGGAAACAAAAUCAAAGAAUCCCAAAGAAAUAAACUCAGAGAAACUUGAGGAAACAAAAUCAAAGAAUCCCAAAAAAACAAACUCAGAAAAACUUGAGGAAACAAAAUCUAAGAAUUCCAAAGAAACAAACUCAGAAAAACAUGAGGAAACAAAAUCAAAGAAUUGCAAAGAAGCAAACUCAGAGAAACCGGAGGAAACAAAAUCAGAAAAUGGCGAAGAAAUAAUAAGAGAAAAAACAGAGAAUCGUGAAGAAACAAAAUCAGUGAAUUAUGAAGAAAUGAAGUCACAGAAUCGUGAAGAAAUAAAAAUAGAGAAUCGUGAAGAAACCAGAUCAGAAAAAUCCGAGAAAGGGAAUCCUCGAGCAGAAUACAAAGAAACGAAAUCAGAACAGAUCAACGAAGUAAAAUUAGAAGGACAUGAAGAAACAAAAUCAGAAAAAUAUAAGGAAACUAAAUCAGAAGAAUGCGAAGAAACAAAAUCAGAAAAACGUGAUGAAACAAAAUCGGAAAAAUAUGCGGAAGUAAAAUCGGAAGAAACGCAAUUAGAGAAUAGUCAAGAUACGAAAGGAGAAAAAUAUAAGGAAAAAAGUUAG